GUUAAUUCUUCUCAGGAUUUUUUUAAUAGCUUUUGUUGUUGAUAACUGAGUAGUGACGAAGUAAACGAGUAUAGGGCAGUGGAGUUGUAAAAAUCCAAUUCCUCGCACCACCGGGUUUUGAAUUUUCUGGGUCUAAAUCCCCCAUUUCUGGAGCAAUUAAAGUGGGUAGCUUCUUGCUCGGCGUUUCAAUUAAUACUAGCUAACAAAUUAAACCAAAAUGUUUAACGAUCUUGAUUUAGCACUAUCCGCAAAACACAGUCACAUUUCUUGUGCAAAACAGGCAGCAACCUCUUGAUAAUAGAAAAAUCUCCCAUUGCGACACAAGUCCCCUAGCAUCACUUCGAUCAAAAUUCAUCCACUGAUCUGACUCAAUUAAAUCAUAUGCAAGACAUGACCUGAAUUAUUUUUCCAUGCCCAUCACCAUCCUAUUUGACCUAUAAAUUACUCCUAUCACUCCAGAGACAAAUAUAUAAAUAAGAAAAGUAGAUCACACGAACGAAACUACACAACUCCUCUACUUGAUAUCGAAGUUAAUUAAUUAGUGAAGGCUUAAGAAGCUAAGACAUUGGGUACUAGUAUUAGUGCAAUGGUUAGCGUUGCAACUGGCUCGGUUCUUGCGCUUGCAACGCUACUUGUACUGAUAGCACCAGGACCAGGUGGCGCAGGCAUGGCGGCCGGCGCCGGCGCCGGCGGCCUCUCCGGCGACUACUACCGGCGGUCGUGCCCCCAGCUGGAGCUCGUCGUCGACAUGGCCCUCGCGCCGGUGUUUGCUGUCGACCAGACCUCGCCGGCGGCGCUCCUCCGCCUCUUCUUCCACGACUGCCAAGUUCAGGGAUGUGACGGGUCCAUUCUGCUCAACUCCGACGAGCGGCGGAACAUCACGUCGGAGCUUGGCUCCGACAAGAACUUCGGCAUCCGUGACGUCAGCACCAUCGGCCUCGUCAAGGCGGCCGUCGAGCGCGCGUGCCCCGGCCAGGUGUCGUGCGCCGACAUCGUCGUCCUCGCGGCGAGGUCGGCCGUGGCGCACGCCGGCGGGCCGCGCAUCCGCGGCGUGCCCCUCGGCCGGAGGGACGCCACGGCGGCGAGCGCGGAGCGCGCCGACGCCAUGCUCCCGGACAGCUUCCUCGGCAUCGACGGCGCGCUCGCCAUGUUCCAGAGCAAGGGCAUGACCGUCGAGGAGACCGUCGCCAUCCUCGGCGGCCACACGCUCGGCGGCGGCCACUGCGCAACCGUCGACACGGCGCGGCGCGGGCGCGGGCGCUCCGACGCCGCGUUCGAGGCGGCGCUCCGGCUGGCGUGCCCCGCCGCCGCGCCGCGGGCGGUGGCGGCGGCCGUGCCCGUCCUCAGCGACGCGACGCCGAGCUGGUUCGACAACCUCUACUACUGGAAUGCGGCGUCCGGGCGCGGCAUCUUCGCCGUCGACGCCGAGGAGGCCGCCGACGCGCGCACGGCGGGGCACGUGCGGCGGUUCGCGGCGGACGGGCGCCGCUUCUUCCGGGCCUUCUCGUCGGCGUUCGUGAAGCUCGCCAUGAGCGGGGUGCUCACCGGAGACGAAGGGGAGAUCAGGAGGCGCUGCGACGUCGUCAACCAUUGAUCGGAUUGCUCCGAGCUGACUUGAAAUUGAAAUUGAAGAUUGUGAUCUUAAAAAUGUGAGAAAUUUUACUGUAAUUGAGGUGAUACCUCGAUGUAUCGUACUAGUACCAAAUUUUACGUUACAAAAUGUAAUACUACCUACCGGUAAAAUCGCUCUAAAAGCAAAUUACGACCAUAAGUUUGUUGACUAGAGUCUGCAGAAAUAAAAUGAAACGGAAUAGUAAUGUACUA